ACAUUGAUAUAUAUAUAUAUAUAUAUAUAUAUAUAGAAAUUAAGAAACUAGGAUCGAGAAAGAGGCAUGGCGUCCAUGGAGGAAAUCCGAAAGGCUCAGCGAGCACAGGGUCCAGCCAACAUUUUAGCCAUUGGCACAGCCACUCCCUCCAACUGCGUCUCUCAAGCUGACUAUCCUGACUUUUACUUCAGAAUCACAAAAAGCGAGCACAUGACCGAGCUGAAAGAGAAGUUCAAACGCAUGUGUGACAAAUCGAUGAUAAAGAAGCGUUACAUGUACUUGACUGAAGAAAUUCUGAAGGAAAAUCCUAAUAUGUGUGCGUACAUGGCUCCUUCUCUAGACGCACGUCAAGACAUAGUAGUUUUGGAGGUGCCCAAGCUGGGAAAGGAAGCGGCAUCGAAGGCAAUUAAGGAAUGGGGCCAGCCCAAAUCUCGCAUCACCCACCUCGUUUUCUGCACAACCUCCGGCGUGGACAUGCCUGGUGCCGAUUACCAACUCACCAAGCUUCUCGGCCUUCGACCCUCCGUGAAGCGUUACAUGAUGUAUCAACAGGGCUGCUUCGCCGGCGGCACGGUGCUCCGACUCGCCAAAGAUUUGGCCGAGAACAACAGAGGUGCGCGUGUUCUCGUGGUCUGCUCUGAAAUCACGGCCGUCACUUUCCGCGGCCCCUCCGAUUCGCACCUGGACUCUCUGGUCGGCCAGGCCCUCUUCGGUGACGGCGCUGCUGCUCUCAUUGUCGGCUCAGACCCCGAUACAUCUAUCGAACGUCCACUAUACCAACUCGUGUCGGCAGCACAGACAAUCCUACCUGACUCCGACGGUGCAAUCGACGGACACCUAAGAGAAGUUGGCCUCACUUUUCACUUGCUGAAGGAUGUGCCCGGAUUAAUAUCAAAGAACAUCGAGAAGAGCUUGGUGGAAGCUUUUACUCCGAUCGGGAUAAGUGAUUGGAACUCAAUAUUCUGGAUAGCACAUCCAGGAGGGCCAGCCAUUCUCGACCAGGUGGAGGCCAAUCUCGGACUGAAAGAAGAGAAAAUGAGAGCAACAAGACAGGUUCUGAGCGAGUAUGGGAACAUGUCGAGCGCAUGCGUGCUGUUCAUAUUGGACGAGAUGAGAAAGAAGUCGGCCAAGGAAGGAAAGGCAACGACAGGUGAAGGCCUGGAGUGGGGUGUUCUCUUUGGGUUUGGACCAGGUUUGACGGUCGAGACAAUUGUGCUGCACAGUGUCAAUAUCUAAGCACGCACUCCGGUCCGGCCCCGAUCGUGCAUGAGAAGUACCGAAUAUGCUUAUAAUAUAAUAUUGGAAGAAGAAUAUUCAUGUCGGAAAAUUUUUAAAAACUACUGAAUUCGUUGCCAUAUCUGUAUUAAUAAUAUUCAUCGAGUGUGCUUAGGCGUAGGAAUAUGCGUGUCUGUGUAUGCCUGUAAGGGAUUUGUUUUCCCAAUAAAAGCAUCAAAUUUCAAUGAU